AAACCUUUCACUGCAAUUUUUAGGAAGCAGUCAGUUUGAACCAGGGAUGUGUGCUUUAUUAUUAUUUUAUAUCAUUGUGACAGGAUCUACUGUAGAACUAUCGGUUGUUUGUAGAAGCCAGCAGUUUCUCUUCACGUAGAUAUUGCAACUUCUGCAACCAAGGAGUACUUUGCUCUGCUAGCUGAGGCCCCAAUGAUGCUUUCAUGGCUAAGCAAUUAAUAGUAACUUAUGUCCUGUGGGCAAUAGGAGGCCCACUGGGUCUUCAUCACCUAUACUUAAGAAGAGACAGCCAUGCUCUCCUGUGGAUGCUAACUCUGGGUGGCUUUUGGCUCGGCUGGCUACGAGAGUUCUUCCGGAUCCCAGCUUACGUCAGCGAAGCCAACCAGAAGACUAAUGGAGUUAGACGCCAAUCUGCUACCCCUCCACCUGUAGGUUUAAUUCGGUUUGCUGGCCAGAUCUGUGUGGGUAUCUACUUUGGCUCAGUUUCUUUGAUCAGUCUGAACUCUUUGAGCUUCUUCUACCUGCUCGUGUUGCCGCUGAGCGUGGGGGCAGGGGUUCACCUUGUUUCCUCCGUGGGCCAGCAAACGUCUGAUCUUCGAAAGACCCUCACUGCAUGUGUCAUUACCUCACCCAUAUUCUAUGGCAGCAGGUUCUCUCCUUUACCCAUCAGCAUAGCGGCAAGUGUCACAGCAGCACAAAACAGAAAGUUUAAACCCAUCCAACAUGCAGGAACCCCGCAAGAACCACUGGGUCCUCGUCUCUUUCGCAUUAGUCUAGCCCUGCUGGCCUUCUCAGCACCUCUGGGUUAUUGUAUUUUUCACAACACCACAGUCACUUUGUACUACGUCUCAGAUUGCGUGGCAGCAGUUCUCGACAUGUUUUGGUUCUUUCCUUGGCUCAGAGGGGUCAUGGAGUUCUGUCUGUUGUUGCCGUACCGGAUCUUGUGUGCUCUCACAGGAGGGAGUUAUUAUGAAGAAAGCUGGAGGAAAGUUUUGGAAAUCCUUCUAAAUGAAUACAGCAAAAAAGAGAUUGAGGCAUUGAAGGUGCUGUCAGUAUCUGAAGAUGCCACCAUAGAGGAGAUCACUCACAGCUACAGGGAACUAGCAAAACUAUGGCAUCCUGACCGCAACCCCCAACAGCAAGAAGAGGCACAACAAAUGUUCCUCAAGAUCCAGGAGGCAUAUGAAACACUACUCCACAGGCAUAAGCCUCAAAAAAGGAAAUGAUCUUCUGAUUAACUGUAUUGCUUUUCUUCGUGUUCUGUCUGUGUAAGCACUUAACUGGUGUAUGUUUUUAUAUACUGAAUGAACAUUAAACACACUGGGUAAAAGUGCCUGCCUGUAGUAGUGUGCCAUCCAGUGGCGACUAGAGGUACUUUUCAUGGAGUAUAUUAAUUUAUAAUAUUAAAUUUAGCCUAGUUUAGCUUAUAAUCGUUCAAACUCCAUCUAAGUAAAAGUUGAGGCAUUUUGUGAAAUGCAAUAAAUGAAUUGUUGAUU